ACGUUUGAAAUGUGCCGUUUUCCUCCUUGUUGUUUCACUCAGUGGCCAUAACAAGCCACUGCCUCCAAGCGGGGCUAGCCGUACGUAAGCUGCUGGUCCACACGCCAACUGUGUGGCGUGAAUGCGGUGGUUAAUGUGUACUUCUCUCUGGAAUGACUCGGGAGUCUUGCCUGCCAUGACGACGCAGUCACAGAUGCAUAGGCAAGCAGGCCGUUGUUAUGGCGAUGUCAAAUGCAAAAGUUGUUGUGAUGGCCACCUCAGCCUACGUAGGGGAGAUCCAACCAGCAGCUCAAACUCAGGGGGCCGCUGUUACCGUGACACCGGGGCCACCUGAUUCUGCCUCCACACCUGCAACCACUCCUCAGUUUCUAGCAGAGAUUCAGACUACUGUGUCCAUCCCCACGGUCGCCACACCUACGGGCCAGACGACUCCAACAGAUCAGACCUCCUCCGUCAGCUCUCAGAAGACUGCAGCGGCGAGCCAAACCCCGACCGCCACACAGGCGCAGCCGGCUCAGACACAGUAUGUGACUGCAGAGAUCCAGGGUUCCCCCACACCGGGUGGAAACGCUCAGAGCACACCGCAGUACAUAGUUGUCACAGUCACAGAGGGUUCCCUUCACUCCAGCGACAGCGUGUCAGACUCCAGCCCCCCUCCAGCGGUUGUGCAGACAGGAGUUCCCACCCAGGUUGUUCAGCAGGUGCAAACAGCCCAACAGAGGUCUGUGGUGCAGGCCACCUCCCAGAUAGCCAAAACAGAGCCAGGCACUCAGCUCCGCGUCACCAGUCUUCAGCCUGUUCACAUCACACAGGAAGAUGUCCCCGAGUUAGCAAGGCAUCAGAAGCUAGAGGAGCUGCAGCCUCAAAGUAUGACAGGAGAGCUUCAGUAUCGGGCCUGGAAACCAAGAUGCUUCUGUAGCUGCAGAUUGUUCAGAGAGCCGCCAGCUAUCAUUCUCCAAGUUCAGCAGCAGCUUGCAUCGGUACAACAUGUGUACACCAAUCAAGUGCAGUAUGUGGAGGGAGGAGAGAACAGCUACGCCACCAGCACCAUUCGCCCCACCACCUUCCCGUACACCGAGACCCCCCUGUACACCCAGACCACAGCUGCCCAGUACUACGAGGCUCAGCCCACUUCAGGCUCACAAGCAUCAACUCCAGGAACACCUUUGACCGUUUCUGUGGCUGCUGGUACCACAGAGGGCGUGUCUAUGUUUGUGGCCCAGCCCACUAGUGCAGCAGGGGGCGGAGCCACCGUGGUUACCACAGGGGGCACUACCAACGGGUCAGAGGAGGGCGCAGGCACCAAUGGUAGCGCAACAGGCAGCUAUGUGAUCCAGGGGAGCUACAUGCUGGGCAGCGGCGGCAGCAGCAGCAGCAGCAGCAGCAACGGAGGGGCAGCCGGGAACAGUCAGAGCUACUCACACACCGCCCGUGCCUCCCCGGCCACUGUGAGUAUUACAGAGGGCGAGGAGAGUAGCGUGCCGUCGGCAGACAAGAAGGUACAGUGGUUGCUGGACAACUAUGAGACAGCUGAAGGUGUGAGUCUGCCACGAUCCACCCUUUACUGCCACUACCUGCUGCACUGCCAGGAGCAGAAACUAGAGCCCGUUAAUGCUGCUUCGUUUGGGAAACUCAUAAGAUCGGUGUUCAUGGGGCUGCGCACACGACGCCUCGGCACUCGGGGUAACUCCAAAUAUCACUAUUAUGGUCUGAGAAUCAAGGCAGGCUCUUCUCUCCUCCGUCUGAUGGAAGACCAGCAACAUCUGGCUAUGAGGCAGCAGCCCUUCUCACAGAAACAGAGGUUAAAGCCUGUCCAUAAGGUUGAAGGGAUGACCAACGGCACAGCGGCAGGAUCCGGCCAGCAGCAACAGCAGCAACAGGGAUCAGGACACGUGGACAUCAGCACCCAGGUUCAGCAGUACCAGCAGUUCCUGGAUGCGUCCAGAGCUCUCCCAGAGUUCCCAGACAUCGACCUCCAGGGGAAGGCUCUGCCAGAGGGCAUUGAGCUAGAACACAUAAAGAGCUUUCAGCUGCUUUACAGAGAACACUGUGAGGCCAUAGUGGAUGUGAUGGUCAAUCUGCAGUUCACACUGGUGGAGACCCUUUGGAAAACCUUCUGGAGGUUCAGCCAAAGCCAGAGUGGAGACACCACCAUGGCUGUUCACGACGAGUCAGAGAAGCGUCUCCCAAAGUCCUGCCUGGUGUUGCUGUGCAAGUACGAGCCGGUGCUGCGCUGGAGCCGCGACUGUGACAACGGCCUGUACCAGAGCCUGGUGGAGAUCCUCAUCCCUGAUGUCCUCAGACCCAUCCCCAGUGCCUUAACUCAAGCCAUUCGAAACUUUGCGAAAAGCCUUGAGAGCUGGCUGACCAACGCCAUGAUGAACAUUCCUGAGGAAAUGGUUCGCAUCAAGGUGACAUCAGCCAAUGCGUUUGCUCAGACUCUUCGUCGCUACACCAGCCUGAACCACCUCGCCCAGGCGGCCCGUGCUGUCCUCCAGAACACGGCUCAGAUCAACCAGAUGCUGUCGGACCUCAACCGCGUUGACUUUGCUAAUGUCCAGGAGCAGGCAUCGUGGGUGUGUCGAUGUGAAGACCGCGUGGUUCAACGGCUGGAGCAGGACUUCAAGCUGACCCUCCAGCAGCAGAACUCCUUAGAGCAGUGGGCUGUGUGGCUUGAUGGUGUGGUCUCUCAGGUCCUAAAGCCCUACCAGCAGAGCCCUGCUUUUCCUAAAGCUGCCAAACUCUUCUUACUAAAGUGGUCCUUUUACAGUUCCAUGGUGAUCAGAGACCUGACUCUGAGAAGUGCUGCCAGUUUUGGUUCCUUUCACUUGAUCCGUCUGUUAUAUGAUGAGUACAUGUACUACCUUAUAGAGCACAGAGUGGCCCAGGCUAAAGGAGAGACCCCCAUUGCUGUUAUGGGAGAGUUUGCCAGUUUAGGUCGAGGUCUGAACACGCUGGAUCCUGACAAAGAAGAGGAAGAUGAAGAAGAUGAGGAGAGUGAGGAAGAAGGUCAGGAGCUGUCUCUCCCCUCUGACGGAGCCGGGCUCGGGGAGGAGUCUCUGGAGCCGCCGGCCAAGUUAGCCAGAACCGAUCAGCGAGUCCUCUUCACCACCGGCUCAGCUGAUAACUAACCAGAGACACGUGUGCUGCUAAUAUUCACCACACAGAUGUACAAAUAACCUUUAUACAUUUGAUAUGUGUGAAUAGAUCCUGUCCACCUUUCUUCUCACUGCAAACUGUUUUUAUUGUGUAUGUUUAAACACACACAGUCAAAACACACUUAGUCAUAACUGCUGCUGCCUGGACGGCACAAUCACCUUUCAGCACCGUUCAUUUAUUCCAAAAACACUGUUGUUGCAAUAGGAUGUGGCUUUGAAAAGCAGGGUCCUUAAAAACAAAGAGAACCACAGAACAUUUCACCCCUCAGCUGUAUGAUUCUGUACAAACCAACGGCCACGUUUCAUUCCUGUUGUUACGCUGAAACCUGUUGCCUCACAGACCCUCCUGAAGUUUUCACUGCCAUGUCUAGGUGGUCUGGAAAUGCUGCAUUGUGUAUAGAGGUCACUUUUACAGGAGGAGUGUAAAGAGGAGUCCACAUUUACUUAUUGAAGUGCUACAUGAUGCUAAAGCGAGGGGGAAUGUGUAAAAGAGCACACAUUAGGGAGUUUGUUCUGUUUGCUGUUAUUUCUACAGUUGUGUGAUUGUGACACAUGCUAAGUGUUUCUGUAGAUAUUUUCUUAUAAAUGUUUCAUUAUGGAGGUAUGGUAGACGCCCUUUCUGAUUUGAUUCACCUGUAAAGGAGGUUAUUGUUGGUUUGUGGAGUGCCUGCUGCAGCUGCUACACACUUGUAUAAAGAAAAAAAGCUCUGGCUGUGGAGCAGGAACUCCUGUUAGUGGCUGCAAAAGAAAAAACCUCACUCUUAUUGAAUGUGUGAUCUGACUAAAGAUGUUCUGUAUGUGUCAUUUUUUCUGUUUAAAGUGCUAUAACCCUGUACUUGUAAUAGGUUCCUCUGUGGCCUCAUUUUCCUUCACUUUCGAUUUUCUUGCCUUCUUUGGAAUUGUUCAGUUUUCCACGCACAUGUGUGCCAAACCGCUUUCCUUUCAUCCCAGAUUCUUGUGGAUUUUAAAUUCUCUUCCUCUGUGGUUUUAGGAGGUCUGUGCCUGAGUAAGAACAGUGAUGACAUUGACUGUAUAUUUAUCCACUUCUGUUGAACUUUGGUUGUCACUAAGUGAACCUCUUGUGCAGUGUAUGGUGCUGUGUUGUCACGCAUUGUAAGCAACAUUUGUGUACUUUUAUUGAUUUGUGAUUGUUUGUUGGGUUAUCAAUCCUCUUUCAUAUCUGAUGACCUUUGAACCACAAACAGGCCUCAGCCCAGCCUCUUUGCACAUGUCCACUAUUGUUUUUAAAACUCUAGAGUCAUCUGAGAUGUUUUCUCAUGAUCUUAGGCGUGCUGUUGGUGGUGAGAUGGAGGCGUCAGAUCACAUGUAAAUAUCUGGUUUGGCUCCGUGCUGUUCAGAGAAUCUGGUGAGAGGAGAGAAACUUGAAAGCUUUUCUUCUGCACUCAUCUCACUGCGUUCCAACUCCCACUCCUGAUGGCUUGUUUUGCUUCAAACAUCCAUAUUCUUAAACACUGCUCAUCCACACUGGUUGAUGUAAACAUGUCAUUUUUAAAUAUCUCAGAGCUUUGGUCUAAAUAGCUGCAGGUCACGUUUCCAACAGGCACUGUCAGCUCCAAAGCAGCACAUGAUCUUAGAAAGUGGAGUUUAAUACCAGCUGCAGUCUUUCUGCCAUCUUCAUCCUACAAAAUGGUUUAAACAGUAAACAUGUUAAGUCAUUUUUAUAGUGUAUUGUUUCUGAUGUACAAAACAAAGUGGAGACAGAAAUAAAGCAGAUGUUCAGUGGCAGUGUUUUAUGAAUCUGGUCUGCUAUAAGUAUGACUGUGCCUUUGGAGGUGGUAGAAAGCAAAUCAGAGGUUUUUCAUUUUAAAGGAAAUAAAUUAAAGACAGUUUUUAAAGUUG